UGCAGUGACAGAUGCGUCACAGCGACAAGUCAAGGUGAAUGCCAUUUAUCUCUGGCAGGAUCGUGCCACUGUGACCCACCCAUGUGAUCUGCUUUCACUAUUAGUGAAGCAUGAGCUCCUUAAAAUCUGGCUUGCUGGAACAUCUACAGAGUUGCAAAUGACCCCCUAAGGAUUUGUGAAAGUAACAUAAGGACUGUCUCUCAGUCUAACAACUCAGUCCAGCAAAGUGACAUGAAAACUCAGUGUCAGACAUGCAAAAAAAUAGCCAGGAUCAUCUCAUGAGGCAAAGGGAAGCGAUCAGAUGCAGACUGAAGAAACUGAAUGGCAAGCAAAACGCAAUCAAAUCAAAGUCCUCUGCAAUGAGAGAAAGUAUAGUGAAGAAGUAUGAAGAGAUGCGGAGAGUUCUGGAGGAGGACUGUAGGAUCACUCUGUCCCUGCUGGAGAUGGAGGAGACGGCUGCGGUCCGAGCGUUGGACAACCUCAUUGAGGCAAACUGGGUCCUCCUGCGAGACAUUGAGGUUCAGCUGAAUGAAGGGAUGAUGGACAGUGAAAAACAGCUUGGUGACAGGGUGAGCCUUUUAUCAGGAGAACAACUGGACAAUAGACAGGUCACAAUGUAUGAGGACAGGAUGCUGGAAUUGCUAACAGCAACAGACCCAGGACUCAUAAAUCUUGAUGAGGCUAAAUCAGAUCAGCUACUGGGCUUCACCAACAAUUUACUACUGUUUAUCCGCUCACAGAUCCCCAACGCUAAGAGGCUGCUGAAGAGCUAUUCCUCAGAAGUGGUCCUGGACCCUUCCACUGCCCACCCUAAGCUGAUUAUUUCACCUGAAGGGGACUGUGCCACUUUCACAGAUGUAUGGCAAGAUGUCCCUGAGCAUGAGGGACGCUUUGACACCACCCUUAAUGUCUUGAGCAUCCAGUGCUGGGAUUCUGGUCGCCAUUACUGGGAGGUAGACGUGAGUGGAAAGAUCUACUGGGAACUGGGUCUCACCUACCCAUCCAUCUCAAGAAAAGGCCAAAAGGAGGACUGCUGGUUGGGCCGACAUGCUGAAUCUUGGUGUUUGGAGUACUUUGAUGGAGACUACAAUGCCUGGCAUGGAGGUACUGCUCAUCCUUUACCCAUUUCCACCUGCUUCCAUCGGAUAGGGAUCUUCUGCAGUUUUCCUGGAGGUCUGGUGACAUUUUUAGGGGUGGAUAGCAUGACUCCGCUCUACUCUUUCUGUGCUGGGACAUUUACAGACUCUCUAUAUCUGGCUCUUUGUCCAGGUCAUGAUCUUCAGGGGACAAACUCGAAGCCUAUUAGGAUCUGUCGAUCCUAAUCAUCUUUAUACCUCAUCCUUAAAUGCAUGUUGUAGAAUUUAGAAGAUAAGGAAAGCCUUCCUAGCACAGGGUUGUUUGAUUUUACUUUGCCUUUGUGUAGAUUAGAUUUGUUAGUUGGUAUUUUCCAGACCUAAAAAUUAAACGUUAUGAAUUUUUUUGUAGAGUAACAGUUGAUUAAACUGUACUGCAAACCUUUAACAAAUGUGAUUUCAUUCAUAAUCAGUUAGAAGAAUUAGCACUUCAAAAUGGUAUGGUAAAAGAUAUGCAAAUACAUAUGCAUGCCACAUGUACACUAAGUAUAGGGUUAGUAAAAAAAAUAUGUUUUAAAAGAACACUCUUAUGCUCACCAAGGCUGUAUUUAUUUGACAAAAAUACAGCAAAUAACUGCAAUAUUGUGAAAUAUUAUUACAAUUUAAAAUAACCGUUUUCUAUUUUAAUAUAUUUUCAAAAUGAAAUUGUAAUCCUAUAAUGGCAAAUUUGAAUUCCAGCAUCAUUACUCCAGUCUUCAGUAUCACAUGAUCCUUCAGAAAUCAUUCUGAUUUUGCUCAAGAAACAUUUCUUAUUUUUCUAAAAGUUGAAAACAUUA